AGCGCUCCUGUGCACACGCGUCGUAUUUUUUUUCUCUUCAACUUAUUUCCAGUACAACAACAAGUUUGCUGCUACUUUUCUGUUUCUUAAUCCGACCGAUCAGUUUUUCAAUUCGGCUCCUGCUCUGAAAAAAAAAAAAAAAAAGUUCCACGUCCGAUCUUGGCGCCCGCUCAUUUGAAUAUUUAGACACAUUUUUUAUGUUCAUCGGCCGUACACGAUUUACAAGAGGGUUUUGUAACAUCGUUAUGUUUGCAACAUUGUGAAUCCUCCACCCUCCAUAGUUCGUUGGCCAUCCGACAACAACAACAACAACAAGCCGUCACGGAAAAUGUGUUCUUGAAGAUUUCCAUCUAACAACAUCCGAUUGAAUUCCUGGAAAACAUAAAAUCGUCCUCCACGCAUUCCCCCCCCCCCUUCCUCCUUUUUUUUUCUAUUUAUUUGGAAAAAAAAAACCAAACAAAAUCAACUCGGUUUGUGUUGUUCACUCACGCGCCCGUAUCACGCCUUCAUUCCAAUCGACAUUCUUCAGGAAAAACAAAAACAAAACAAAACACAACCGACAAGUUUCGGUGUCCAGCGGACGCCCAAACGUUGGCCGUCUCUCGGUCAGCACAGUCAGCAAGAUGAGAACGGCGUCGAGGUGGACAGCGACGGUCUUGGCCGCAGCGGCCGUCUUCGUUCUCGUCAUCGAUGCCCGUCCCAAUCAAGUGAUGACACCUACUGAGCACAGCGUCAACUCGCCUUUCGUCCGGCGUCGUUCGUCCGGCAUCAGCCGACGGAGCACGACGACGCCCGACAUUCUUCGACAACAUCUCAAACAAGCUUUGUCUAAAUGCAAUUCACGCGAGCCUCCUCCUACGCAGAAAAUCCUACUCAAAGACAAGAAUGCAGUCUGCAAUGAUGGAUCUCCCGCUGGAUACUUUAUCCGCAAAUCGUACGGCAGCAAACGUUGGAUCGUUUUUCUUGAAGGUGGUUGGUAUUGUUACGACAAGCGCAGUUGCGAAUCGCGUUGGAGUCGCCUGCGAGGCUUCAUGACCUCCAACAUGUGGCCAGAUACUCGUCAAGUGAGCGGCAUUUUGUCCCCAGAUCCCGAGGAAAAUCCCUACUGGUGGAACGCAAACCACGUAUACGUACCGUAUUGUUCCAGCGAUUCAUGGAGUGGCUCGUCUCCAGCUGGCGCCACAUCCCGUUUCGCAUUCAUGGGUUCAGUCAUCAUCCAAGAAGUGCUGCGUGACUUGCUGUCCCAGGGCCUUCUGAACGCAUCCAAAUUGAUGUUAACAGGCAGCAGUGCCGGAGGGACGGGCGUGAUGCUCAACUUGGACAGGGCCACGGACUUCCUGCGAACGCAAGGCUCAACGGCUGAAGUUCGCGGUGUCACGGACUCCGGUUGGUUCCUGGACAACGUGCCCUACGCACCGGCCGAUUGCCAGGAUCCUCAGCGAUGCGCACCGACCACGGCCGUCCAGAUGGGCCACACGUUGUGGAAUGGCCAGGUGCCAUCCGCUUGCAAAGGCCAGUACGCCGCGCAGCCGUGGCGUUGCUAUUUCGGCCAUCACCUUCAUCGCACAUUGAAAACUCCAUUGUUCAUCUUCCAAUGGCUGUUUGACGAGGCUCAAAUGCUGGCGGAUAACGUCGGUCCGCCCAUGUCUAAAGAACAGUGGGAUUAUAUUCACGCCGUUGGUGAUGAUUUAAGACGCACGUUCGCCAAUGUCUCGGCCGUGUUUUCUCCAUCUUGCAUCUCACAUACGGUGCUGACCAAACGUGACUGGCAGUCCAUCCGCAUCGGAGACAUAUCGCUGCCUCAAGCUUUGCGCUGUUGGGAACUUCAACCUUACUGGUCCGUCUCGAACCACCUGACGCCCAAUGGACAUCACCACCAUCGUCAUCAUCACCGACCUCUGGGAAGUGAAGACGGUGAGAACGAGCAGCAGAACCUCGCGGCUCAUUCUGUCCAGCAUUCACUCAGACACGGUCACAAGCGAUACAAGGCCGCCAAUGUCGAAUCCAAUCCCAUCGUUUUAUUGGCCGAUGAUCCCGAAAUGCCAGCAAACGCCGUGACGGUCAAACCAGCCAAGAAUCUGGUCCGUUCCGGCCAACGGGCUCCUGGCAGCGAAUUGAUCGUUGGUACGGCUAACGCCACUCUCAUCCCGAGCGGGAGGCAUGCCAAUCGUAACGGAACGCGUAAGAAUAAAGACGAAAAAAAGAAAGAAGCAGGAGGAGGUCGUAAACGUAACAAGAAAGCCGGUGAGAAUAAGCGAAACGUCAACGGCAAUGCGGGGUCCAACAGCGGGACGGGAGUCGCUAGGCCGGCCGGCAAAUCCGGUCGCAAACGGCAGCAACAACAACACCAACAAAAGGGCAACAAAGAAAAUGCCAGCAAUCACAGCAGUCAUCGGCGGAACAACCACAACAACAGAGAUCGUAAACGUAAAAAAGAUAAGAACGGCCAGUCGAAGGACGAAACGACAACGCGUCCGAGGAGAGAGGCUGCCGCGAUUGCGGCGGAUCCUACACCGACGUCAGCACCUGAAUUUUGCCAACACCGGCUGGUUGAUCGGUGCACGUGGCCUCAGUGCAAUCGAGUCUGCCCGAAACUGCACAAUCCAUUCACUGGUGAAGAAAUGGAUUUCAUCCAGCUGCUCAAAUCGUUCGGGCUCGAUAUGAGUAGCGUGGCCAACGCGCUUGGCAUCGAUAUGCACACGCUCAACAACAUGGACCACGACGUGCUGCUCCAUUUAUUGACACAGCAAACCAACUAGACCAUUUCAUCUUUUUUUUUUUUUUUUAUUAGCGACAAAAACAAAAACAAAACUGAAAAGAUCUUUUUUUUUUUCAUUAAAUUUUUUUUUUUGUUCCCACCUACGACGUUCCCCUCCCCCC